AUGACCCGAGCUGAUCCAGAGACCAUCUUCAAUCAAGUAGUGGCUAUAAACUCUACAUUGGAAGGCCUUUCAGAUACCGGGGCACAAAUGGUCCGUACCUCCAUGAGAGAGGAAGUCUCCAGAGCUGGUCCUGUGUGGUUCUUCUACGACGCAUUACCGCGUGCUGGCAUCCGUGAACCAAUGACUGAAUUUAACUGGGCUCGUGGCUACACGGUUAAUGCGGUGCAAUUGCUGGUCAGGCAACUCAUGACCGGUCUUCCAGGUACUGGUGCCGCUCGAACCCUUGAAGAGCUAGCUAAUCUCUGGAAUAUACAGCGAGCAUUCCCCACCACUCUUGCCGACAGUACCACUUCGCUUGAGUUCCAUGUCAGAGGGUUACAUCGGGAACCAAGCUAUCGGCCUAGGUAG